UGCUUGACCCUGGCGCUCCCAGUCACGACGCAGCAGCUGGGGGCCUCGCCGCUGCCCCGGCCUUGCCGGGCCGGGCCGGGCCGGGCCGAGCCGGGGCCCCGGAAUCUGCGCCGCCGGUCCCCUCGUGCCAGGCGGCUUAUUGAGCUGCCGGUCCAUGGGCGGCUCUGAUCCGCCACAGCCUCGUUUCCCACUAUUCCCUUCGCCUCUGGCCGGCCCUGUGGGUCCACCCCUCUUUUCCUGGUCAGGCCCUGCAGUCCCCUAAAGCCCUCAAGUGGGGUGACCCAAGGGCCCUCCCUGGAGGGCUUAGGCCCUGAAGUGCUGGUUCUGCUCCAGCCUGGCGAGAUUUGCCUGUCGCUUAGCACCUGUGUUUCUCUUUGGCUGCUUUUCCAGAUGAACAGGAUGAAAGUUGACGAGGAGGAGUAUUGGCACAGCUCCAAGUGUAAAGCCUUCACAUUUGAUGAUGACGAUGAUGAGCUCUCCCAGCUAAAGGAGUCCAAGCGGGCAGUGAACAGCCUUCGAGACAUUGUAGAUGAUGAUGACAACGACCUUGAGAAGUUCAGCUGGAGUGGAGAACCAGUGGGCAGUAUUUCCUGGUCCAUCAAAGAGACUGCCUCCAGCAGCUCUAACGCUCCUGAAGGGAGAGACUCAGGUCUACAGAAGGGUUCUUCUUCCCAUGCAGCCUUCCCCAAGCAAGCCUCCUCUUACUCCAUCAGCAGUUUCUUCAAAGGAAGAAACAAAUUUGGGAGUUUUCAGUCCCUUUCAGAUGCUCUCUCUGACACAGGCGUUAAAAGCUACGCUCCAGAGCUGCGCAGACCAAAGGCGGAAUACAAGGAUUACAGCAGCGACUGGAGUCCCAAGGAUACAGUCAGACGAAUGCAGAGGGGCAAGACCCUGGAGGCUUCUCCGAUGGCAUGAGGUCAUCUUCAGUGCCGCUGACCCUUCUGGAGCUGGCGUUAUGACAAACUACCCGUGGGGUCAACUUCAGGGCUCUGGCUCUCUUCAUAGUUGGUGGCAAUCAGAGAUUUGCUCACUGGAGAGGUUCCGUUCCCUGCAGGAGAAGCUGAUGCUCCUGGAUGAAGCUGUUGCGGUGCAUGAUGGGAAUAUCAUUACAGCUAUCCUAAUAUUCCUGAAGAGGACACUGAAGAGAGAAAUCCUGUUCCAAGAGCUGGAGGUGAGACAGGUGGCCCUGCGCCAUCUAAUCCAUUUCCUGAAAGAGACAGGGGAGCAGAAGCUGCUCCUGGACUUGCUCAGGUUCCUGGAUAGGACCGAGGAGUUUGCCCUUUCCCAGUACCGGGAGCACUUGAGCAUCCAGGAUGCAGAGAAACGAAGAGAAUUUCUUAAAGGCUGCAUCAGGUUACCAUUUUCAUCUGAAGAUGCCGUUCAUGUUCAAGACCAUUAUACGCUCCUGGAGAGACAGAUCAUCAUUGAGGCAAAUGACCGGCAUCUGGAGGCCUCUGGGCAGUCUGAGAUAUUUCGGAAAUACCCACGAAAAGCCUCGAUCCUCAACAUGCCACUGGUGACCACGCUAUUCUACUCCUGCUUCUACCACUACACAGAGGCUGAGGGGACAUUCAGCAGUCCAACCAACCUGAAGAAAACCUUUAAGAUCCCAGACAAACAGUAUGUGCUGACAGCCCUGGCUGCCCGCGCCAAGCUGCGAGCCUGGCAUGAUGUGGAUGCCCUGCUCACCACCAAGAACUGGCUGGGUUACACCAAGAAGAGAGCUCCCAUUGGCUUCCAUCGAGUGGUGGAGAUCUUGCAGCGGAACAGCGCCCCCGUGCAGGUGCUGCAGGAGUACGUGCGCCUCGUGGAAGACGUUGAGACAAAGUUGAACCUUGCCAUGAAAUAUAAGUGCCAUGACGUUGUUAUUGAUACAUACAGAGACCUGAAGGAUCGGCACCAGCUGAUGGCAUACAGGUGUAAAGUGGAGCGGGGUUCUGCAGAAGAGGACAAGAUAGACAGUAUCCUCAGGAACUUGCAAAUCCGAUGGAAGAAUUGAGGUGUCUACCCACCUCAGAAGCAGCCCAAUUUGCCAUUGCCAUGCCAUUGAGAGAGGAAACUAUGGAGCCAGCCUCAGUGCCAAUAGAGCAAGUUCCGUUUCCCGUCUUGGUGUGGUUUGUCUGAUAUUGCCAGUCAGUGCCAGUGGCUCCUGGGACAGAGAGGCAUCCAGGCUGAUAUAAGGCAAACCCCACUAUCUGGCUAGUGGGACAAGACACUGACGAACUGGAGUCAAUGUUCUGUAACUGGCUAGGCCAUGAGGUGGGCAUGGCUUCAGUGUACAGAGGGAAGUAAAGUCAGGCAAAGCAGUGGCUACUUCAGAUUUGUGCAGGAUCAGGAUUCAUUCAGGUGAGAGGAACAAGACAAUUACCCACAAAAGAUCUCUCCUAAGGUUAGAGGUGACCCGCUCCCUUGCCAUACCAGCUGCUAAGGCUCGGGCAAUGAUAGCCAUGUCAGAAGAGAAGACGCAGGAACUGCAGACUGGACUGCGUUCUCCCUGCCUCUACGAGCAUGAUGGGUAGGGAAAGACUUCUUGCCACUUAAAACUCCAACCUUCCUGUUUGUCUCUGAUUCAGAAAAGAAGCUUUCAGUAAACUUCUGCAGAUUGCAUAUCCCCACUACAAAGCCCUGCAUCUCAAGACCUCCCUCUUCACCCAAAGGGAAGCUGGGAGUUCUGCCUGGAGCUCAUCCACUCCCUCAUUGGGUUGGUUAGAGAAUGAGGUGAAAUUCCCUCCCAGCAAGUGCUGAAGAUGCUGGCCCCACAAAGCCCCUUGGAACAGUCUCUUCUCCCUGGCCUUUACAUUGGGAAAGUUUUUGUUACAUCCCUUAAAAAUGUGACUCUCCCCUGGGGUUCCCUGCCAGCUUUGUUGUGUCAGACCUCACUUUCUGUUCUGUAAAUAAAGCUGUGUGUCUGCCUCUC